AAAUCCAUAGGCUCGUGGUCCUUUAUGGAGGGUCCCUGCCUUCAAAAACAAACAUUGGUGUAAAUAUUUCACCUUUUUCUCAAUUUCAAGAUGUCCACGCCAAUUAAACCCCCAUUACACAUCGAAAUAAGAAAGACCAGGACCAGCCAGCUCAGUCCCGCCAGCAUCACCGAGGGCGCCCUGCAGUACCUCAGGGGUCAAAGGUCACUCAGCUCAGCCACACUCAUCCGUGACCUCCCUCAUGACCUCCAGGGACACGUGGAGGUCAUCCGGGUCUGUGAGGUCGAAGGUCACCCGGAUAGGAAGCACAUAGACCCCAGCACCGUCACCCUACACCCCCACCUCUACACCCUCGAAAGCUUUGGCCCCAGUACGGAGGAGCUGGGGGAAGGCGGGGGCGGCCGGGGGAGCGAGGGGGGUGAGGGCGGGGGCAUACCAGCCGCCACUCACUGGGUCUUGCCGGCAGUGGAGUUCGAGGGUCUGUGGGAGGCUCUGGUCUAUGAGGGCGGCAUUAAGGAGCAGCUCCUAAGGUUCGUGGAGGCCUCCCUGCUAUUCUCCGACAGGGGCACCGACAGGGUCAUCCUCCCCUGGAACAAGGUGGUACUUCUUCACGGCCCGCCUGGCACUGGCAAGACCUCCCUCUGCAAGGCCCUGGCACAGAAGCUGAGUGUUCGUCUAGACCGCCGCUACAAGUACGCCCAGUUGGUGGAGAUAAACUCACAUUCGCUGUUCUCAAAGUGGUUUUCUGAGUCCGGCAAACUGGUCCAGCGCAUGUUCGGUCAAAUCGUGGAGCUUGCCGAAGACCCGUCAGCCCUGGUAGUGGUGCUGAUUGACGAGGUGGAGAGCCUUGCCAGAGCCAGGGUCAGCGCGUCCUCUGGGGCCGACCCGAGCGAUGCCGUGAGGGUGGUCAACGCUGUUCUGACCCAGCUGGACUACAUCAACGGGCUGCCCAAUGUCCUAGUGUUCACCACAUCCAACAUCUCCGGCACGCUGGACCUGGCCUUCGUGGACCGGGCGGACAUCAAGGAGUACAUCGGCCACCCUUCCACCGCGGCAAUCUACCACAUCUACCUCUCAUGCCUGGCGGAGCUGCAGCGGACGGGUAUCGUGUCGGACUCGGAGACGCUGUUCACCCUGCGAGACUUGGAGACCAUGAACAUGAUCGUCAAUGAGGCGACGCGCUCAUCGCUCACCCUCAUGGAGAUAGCUAAGUCCAGCUCUGGGUUCAGCGGCCGCACCCUUCGCAAGCUCCCCUUCCUGGCCUACGCCCUGCACGGACCCUGCCCCCAGACCGGCCUGCCCCUGCCUACCUUCCUGCAGGCCCUACGCAGCGCUGUGGAUAAGCAGCACCGGGAUAUGGCUGCCGUGGGGGGAGGGUGAG